AUGAGAAUUAUAUUGAUUUCUGGCAUCUAUUUAGUAGUUCUACCAUUAUUCUUGAAGUAUACUCAGACAGUGGCUCUAAAGCCCAGUGACAGUAUUUCCUUAGCCUAUGCUUCUCAGGGUAUAUCCGAUUAUUCAGGAGAAGACAGUGAGAACAAGAAAGGACAAGGAAGAGAAGAAAAAAAGAAAAAAAAGAAGAAACAUAAACAUAAAAAUAGACGUAAAUUACUAUCUAAAUUAAAAAUACUGAAAUCAAUGUUAGGGAGUGCACAUAAGUAUGAUUAUGAAUCUAAACAGUCUGGUGUAGGAAAUCAUCAAGGAAUUCAUGAAGGAAAUUAUCAAGGAACUCAUGAAGGAAAUCAUCAAGGAAGUCAUGAAGGAAAUUAUCAAGGGACUCAUGAAGGAAAUUAUCAAGGGACUCAUGAAGGAAAUUAUCAAGGGACUCACGAAGGAAAUUAUCAAGGGACUCAUGAAGGAAAUUAUCAAGGGACUCAUGAAGGAAAUUAUCAAGGGACUCAUGAAGGAAAUUAUCAAGGGACUCAUGAAGGAAAUUAUCAAGGGACUCAUGAAGGAAAUUAUCAAGGGACUCAUGAAGGAAAUUAUCAAGGGACUCAUGAAGGAAAUUAUCAAGGGACUCAUGAAGGAAAUUAUCAAGGGACUCAUGAAGGAAAUUAUCAAGGGACUCAUGAAGGAAAUUAUCAAGGGACUCACGAAGGAAAUUAUCAAGGAACUCAUGAAGGAAAUCAUCAAGGAACUCAUGAAGGAAAUUAUCAAGGGACUCACGAAGGAAAUUAUCAAGGAACUCAUGAAGGAAAUUAUCAAGGAACUCAUGAAGGAAAUUAUCAAGGAACUCAUGAAGGAAAUUAUCAAGGAACUCAUGAAGGAAAUUAUCAAGGAACUCAUGAAGGAAAUUAUCAAGGGAUUCAUGAAGGAAAUUAUCAAGGAACUCAUGAAGGAAAUUAUCAAGGAACUCAUGAAGGAAAUUAUCAAGGAACUCAUGAAGGAAAUUAUCAAGGAACUCAUGAAGGAAAUUAUCAAGGGACUCAUGAAGGAAAUUAUCAAGGGACUCAUGAAGGAACUCGUAAUGGAAAAAAAGGAUAA